AUCACUCACCAUUUUUAACCAAAACGCGCCGCGCCCGCCUCCGUUUCAAACCCGAAAUUUUCCGUCGUCCCCAAAAAAUUUCCCUCGCCUUCUGCCUCCGCCCAACCAACAAAUCGCCUUCCAUUUUGCUUCUCUGCUGCCUCGACUAGCCUCGCCAAUCCCCCCCAACCAAACCAACCUUCCUCUCUCCCGGAAUCCCUGGAGGCCAGGACUCCCCGCCCGCACCAACCGGCCGGCCACCUACUCCGUGGGCGCGAAACCCUACUCGGCGCCCGCCUCCCUCUCCAUGGCGGAGCAGGACGGCGCCGCGGGGCAGAGCCCGCCCGACUCCGUUCCGGGUGGUGCUGCUGAAAAUGGGGAUCAGAAUACUAAGCAGCAUCAGCCAUUUUUCUCGAUGUGCCAGCCACUUCGCACUGUUAGCUACUCGAAUUCGUGGGAUGGGGUUUGUGCUCCUGCUGCUAAUGAAAAUAACCACACUAGUGGCUUGAACUCAAUGGCGGAUGAACACACCAUAACUGCAUCUACUCCCCUUGGAAGCAAGCAACCUCAAUCUGAGGGCAUAUCUGGUACAUCGUACAGGGAAGACAAUUCAUGUUCACCACAUUCAAUUAAUAAGGAAGUCAGUUUGGUGCAAGAUGUCAUGGAAAUGGAACAAUCAAUGGAUGGAGUUGAUGUGCCACAUGGAGGAACAAGUGAGCAGCCAGAGCCCCUUGCCACAGAGCAGCCUGAUUCAUUUGAUGAAAUAGACAUAUGGGGUGCCCAAGAUAAUCAGCAAGUGUUGCCCCUUAACAGCAAGCAAUGGAACUCUAAUAUUGGUGAAACUUGUGAUGCUGAAGAUAUGCAUAUUCCUUUGUCCGUUUCUUAUAGAAGGCAACCUAAAUCUGUGGGAGCUGGUCUUAGCAAUAUGGGGAACACAUGCUUCCUAAAUGCAACUCUUCAGUGUAUCACUCACACUGUACCGCUUUUUCGCAAGCUUCACUCAACUGAUCAUUUCACUCCAUGCUCAUAUAAUAAGGAUGGGUUCUGUUCUUUCUGUGCCCUUAAAGAACAUGCUGAUGAAUCAAUUCGAAGGUCUGGAUCUGUUAUAGCGCCAACAAAGUUCAGAGAUAGUUUAAGAAAGUUAUCUUCGGAUUUUAGACCAGGACAGCAAGAAGAUGCACACGAAUUCCUACGUUGCUUGCUUGAUAACUUGCAUAAGUGUACUCUUGAUCCCAAGUCAAAGGGCAAGGACUCAUCCUUUGACGAAGAAAGUAUAGUUAAGGAGAUUUUUGGAGGACAACUAAGAAGCCAUUUAUCUUGCUGCGAGUGUGGUCACAGCUCAGAGACAUUUGAGCCCUUCCUGGAUCUAAGCUUGGAGAUUGAUCAGGUCGAUCACCUGGUAGAUGCUUUGCAAUCUUUUACCAAGGUAGAGCAUAUUGGGGACUCUGAAAACAAGCUCACUUGUGAAAGUUGCAAUGCUCAAGUUUGUAAGAACAAGCAGCUUACACUUCAUAGAGCACCGGAUGUUAUUGCAUUUCAUCUCAAGCGUUUUACAACCCUUGACAAUUCCGUUGAGAAGAUUGACAAACAUGUGGUGUACCCUCUGGAGGUUGAUUUGAAGCCGUUCUACAGCAACCCAGAUGCUGCGGGGGAGCUGAAAUAUGAUCUUUAUGGUGUUGUUGAGCAUUCUGGAUUACCCAACUAUGGCCAUUAUGUCUGUGCCAUUCGUUCUUCACCAAGCACAUGGUACUUGAUGAAUGACUCAAAUGUUGAUUCUAUUACUGAUUCAAGUGCACUAAACCAAGAAGCAUAUAUUCUAUUCUAUGUUAGGCAGGGCAAAUUUCCAUGGUUCUCGAGUUUGUUAGAAGGCAAGGAUGCCCUACAAGUUGAGAAUACCCGUGGCACAUCUCCUGUGUCAGUUUUGGAAAAUAUAGAUGCAAACUGUUCAAAUUCUUCUGGAGGAGGCAGUAGCAGUAGUUCUGGUGACAAGUUGGAGAAAAAUGAAGCCAGCCAAUUAGAGGAGACAGAGAAAGAUGAAAUGAGUCGGUACAAAACACCAUUCCUUCCUGAGAAACCAUCUAAGAGAAGUCCACUUGGUGCUUCCAACAGCAAUAAUAAAAUAGAUGAAAAUAAGCCAUCCAGGGCUUCUCUCCAAAAUGAUGCGGCUAGAUGUCUCCGCAGUCUAGAAACUACCAAUCUGGAUAAGCCCUCUACUCCACGGUGCUCCAAACGACUGGCACUGUCCUCUGAUAAUGAGUCUAGCGUGUUUGAGUUUGAGGACUUUGAUGAGGAAGUGGAGACUUUACAUCCAAACAUGAAAUUGCAACCGAAGGUGAAGAAAGCUAAGGCUGCAUCUGCAUCUAAAGCUGUGAAGGGUCCGUGUAUUGAUCAGAAUGCAUUACAUUUGAUGAGGGGCAUGACAUCCACACGAAGAAAAGAUCUAAUGGAGUGCAUAAAACAGCAAAAUGCAAAGCACGAGUCUCGCAGAUGCCCUGCAAGUGACCCUCUGGACAAAAAGAAAAGAAAGGUGGUUCUUCAGUACUAGGUAUUACUAAGUUGGAUGCCAAAAUCUUGUACUACUGUAUAUCCUUUCUUUUUUCUUUUGCUACUCUUUCUCUGUAUAUCUUGGUUUAGCAUCCCUGCGGUCAUCAGCUGCCCCCUAAUCUAAUUUUGCUGUCAUAGUCUUCAUGGCUGGCUAGAUUGGUUGCCGCCUUGCAGGGUAUAUGAGAGUUUCAGAGUUAUUAGUUAAUCAAUCUUUUAAUAUUUCUGCAUCCUGAUGUUUUGUCACAUGCCUAUGUGGCUAUGUUAUGUGAUUGGCACCUGUAACAACUGCCCGUUUUGUGUAGUAGGUAGCACUACUAGGACAGGACAGAGCUUAUCCUGUAUCAUAGCUAGUGAAAAAUAUCAGUGCUGUAACAAAACAGACAAUUUUCUUAUAUGGAAUUUCUCAGGAAAAACAGUGUUUAGAAAAGAUUCCUGCAUUCCAAACA